GGGCAACCAGCCCAAGCAGUAGCGGCAAACAGCGGCGGCGGCCAGAGGCGGGAGGAGCGAAGAGAAUCGGCGGUUGGUGGCGAGAGACGACAGCGACGGUCGAGCACGGAAGACUCCACGGCCCUCCCCGCGCUCCCAUCAACGGAACCCGGGGGUACACGCAAUGGCGACUGGGUUUAGGAAACUGGGGGGUGCGGGCGGCGCUCAGCGUAAGAAGAGCGGACCCAAGCCCGAGCUGAGCGAGGAGCAGAAGCAGGAGAUCAAGGAGGCUUUCGACCUCUUCGACGCAGAUGGCUCGGGCACCAUUGACGUCAAGGAGCUCAAGGUGGCCAUGCGUGCACUCGGAUUUGAGCCCAAAAAGGAAGAGAUCAAGAAAAUGAUUGCGGAUUUUGACAAGGAUGGUUCGGGAAAAAUCAACUUCAACGACUUUCUAGCCAUGAUGACCCAGAAAAUGAGUGAGAAGGACUCACGGGAGGAGAUCCUGAAGGCUUUCCGCCUAUUUGACGACGAUGAAACGGGCAAGAUCUCCUUUAAGAACCUCAAGAGAGUGGCCAAAGAACUGGGGGAGACCCUGACGGACGAGGAACUGCAGGAAAUGAUCGAUGAGGCUGAUCGUGAUGGUGAUGGGGAGAUAAACGAGGAGGAGUUCUUGCGUGUCAUGAAGAAAACAAGUCUUUACUGACCCUUUCCUCAACUCUCGGCCUUACCUGCCCACCGGCACACAUUUGUACACACCUACACCUGUAUUAGGGGUGCCGCGGCAGGCAAUGCAGUUUGGACACUGGCUGUAUUUAUAGAGUAUUCUUGUUUCUAUCAUUUUUUAAAACCGACUUUUUUUUGUUUUUGCAUGUGCCGUGUCAAAUCUAAAAAAAUAUCUGCAGUUUUUGUACAUCUUGUGGCUGUGCUUGUAUUGAUGACAGUAUACAUCUUAAAGUGUAAUUGUAUUAGUUUUAUAAACGGAUGUGAAACGUUUUAAAAUGUCAAAGAGUUUAAUAAAAGUUACUUGAUUGAA